AUGAAGGAAAAGAAGGAGAAGAAGGAUGAGAAUGUUGAGGUGAAGGAGGAAGACAAGGGGGAAGACAAGGAUGAGAAGAAAAAGAACGUGAAAGUGGAAAAGAAGAAGAAGAAUGAAAAUAAGAAGAUGGUGGAGAUCUUGGAUGUGGUGGUGGAGAAGGAUGAGGAUGACAAAAAGAAGAUUGAGGAAGACAAUGAUGAGGAUGUGGAGAAGCUGAAUGAGGAAGACAAGGAUGAUGAUCUAUUGGAGGAGAAGGAUGAGGAUCUUGUGAAUGAAGAAGAUGUGGAGAAGGUGAAUGUGUUGGAGGAGAAGGAUGAGGAUCUGGUGAAGGAGGAAUAUGUAGAGAAGGUGAAUGUGUUUGAGGAGAAGGAUGAGGAUCUAGUGAAUGAGGAAGAUUUGGAGGAGGUGAAUGUGUUGGAGGAUAAGGAUGAGGAGCUUGUGAAUGAGGAAGAUUUAACGAAGGUGAAUGUGUUGAUUGAAGAUCUGGUGAAGAAGAUUGAGGAUGUGGAGAAGGUGAAUGAGAAGAUUGAGGAAGAUGUGGUGAAUAAGAAGAUUAACAAAGACAAGGAUGUGGAUCUAUUUGUGGAGAAGGAUGAGGUAGAGCACCUUCAGCACUGCCCCUUGCAUCCUCCUUUGCUUGAAAUCUUCUAG